AUGAGCGGUCGGGACGAUGACGACGUGCCUUCACAGAUCCUCGAGCACGCGUUCCUCGGCUCUAGGAAGCACGCACGCAACAAGGAGCUGCUUGUCCGACUUCGCAUCACCCAUAUCUUGAAUGUGACACCUCCGAAGAAAAUGGACCCGGUGGCAGGUGUACCCAAUUUCUUCGAAAAAGAAAAGCUCUUCACAUAUCGUCGAUGUCCCAUUUUUGACAAUCAAGCGGAGGAUAUCUCAGCUGUACUGGAAGGUUGCAUCGCCUUCAUCGACCAAGCAAAGUACUAUGGUCGGAUUCUUGUUCACUGCAAUAAAGGAGUGAGCCGCUCGUCGUCUAUGGUCGUGGCCUACCUCAUGAAACUGCGCUCUAUGAGCUUUGAUCAGGCGCUAGCCUUCGUGGUGGAGCGCCGUCAAAUGGCUAAUCCCAACCAGCACUUUUGCCGGCAGUUACAAGAGUACGGACGAUGUCUCCAGCGCAGUAUACCGAAGGAGAAAAGAGCUGUCCAUGGUCCUGUUGGUCCUCAACUGCCCCCUUCUGCAGGAAGUGGCGAAGACGCUGUUGCCAUCGGACCCAAACUACCGCCGCACUUAUCGCGAAGUCCGAAAAGAGAUAAAGUUGACGACGAAACUGAUGCCCAAGCGCGGAGUGACAAGGUCAUCGAGCCACGUCUGAAGCGCCGACGAGUGGGAUCAAACGACCUAGGUGUAAACGCUGAAGACAAUGAGACGUCCGCCAAGAAGAUCAGAGUGGAGGAAACUCAGCCGUAG